AUGAGCUCAACCGCGCCAAACACUUCUCUAGAAACUCUGCAAGAAGAAGCAGGAGUCAGUGGAAGCUCAGGACCGGCAAGAAUAGCUGAGAGGCAACAAGUCCGCAAACUGCGUGGAAAGUCCGGCGCUUAUCCGGAACCUAGCAAUGUUUUCGGUAGUACCAGUGGCAGUGACAGCAGCAGCAAGACUAUCGGCCUGGGAAUUGCACGCCGCCCUAGCGACAAUCUAUUGCAAAAUCUGGCUCAAGAGCAUCAACAACAGCAACAACAGCAUACCAUGUCUCAGCCGCCGUCGCGCAAAAAGCUCGUCUCCAAUCAUGAACGUCCGUUGUCGAAUGAUUCAAUUCUUACUCAAAACUCUAAUCUUUUCUCUUCUAAUGCCAGCUCUACUGCCUGGUCUUCCAAUGACAGCUCUAGGGGUUCAUCUAUUAUAGACGAGCUAUCCACUGACAACGUAAAACGUGUCGGUGAUGAGGCUUCAUUUGCGGAAACUGACGGUGAAUCUACAAUUGAUUUAACUUCCGUCGUGGGUUCAGAGUAUUCUGCCUCCACACAACAAAACCUUCCCUCUCAUCUGCCGCAACAGCAGCCAAAGCAGCAACAGACCAAAACCAGAUACGUGUUCACCAACAGCUCUUUGGCACGUUCGCAAUCCUCUUUUACCGCGAGCAAUCCGUCACCUUUGAAAAAUAACUUCAAUCGAAAUUCGGCACCUACUAAACUUUAUUCGAAAUCUACAUCUGCGCUAGCCCAGCAGCAGCCAGUUCAUCAACAGCAAUCUGCGCAGCAUCAGGUGCUAACGCCUUCUCAACGAUAUCGUAUGAGAAAGGAACAAAACAAGACUGCAUUACAAAACUCCAUCAAACAGAAGGAGAAAUAUUACGACGAACAAGAAACUUUACCAUCAAGCCCAUAUGCUGAAGAUGCAGAAAUUGGCAAUAACUUCAUUUGGAACAUACCAGUUGCCUCGAAUAGCACGAAUUCAUUUUUGAUGUCUUUGAAACCCCCACAAAAGAAAAACCGAUCUAAAAGUUCAAUAGGAUUUUCACGGUCAUCUUCACAAAAUUCAGGACUUUCUGAAACGACAGCACAGUAUCUUGACUAUAAUGAAAUGCCACCAUUACCAAUAGCGGGCCUUGGCGGCUGCUCGGACUUUCAAAGUUUCCAACAAACUUCAGAUAAUCUUUCUUCAGUCUAUCAACACUCUUCGAAUAAGUUUUCGAAGAGCAAGCUUUGGGAGCGUACUAAUUCGAUGGAGGUCUUGCCAUUGCAAUUCAAAACUGCCAGCGAAGAAGGUAUGGAAGAUUUGAGGCUAGUUUCCGAAGAUAAGGUCCAAAUCUGUAGUCCAUCACGACCUACCUGGUUACCACCGAAGGGAGAGUAUGAACGAAAGAGCCAUGAAGAGAAAAUAAACAAGACUAUGAGUAUGGCUUCUUUAGAUCAACUCGAUCGAAGUCGCGAACGCGACGAAUGUUCGAUUCGUGACGAAACAAAUCGGCAGAAGUACGUGCUUCUCAUUGAUCGAGGAUUAACAAGACAAUCUUCAUUGCAUGACCUUAAAAAAAUUGUGUGGGAAACCCAACUCAUGGCAGACAUUCGUCCCCAAGUUUAUGACACUUUGUUACAAAGCGAAGCAAAAAUGAUAAGUGAGCAGUAUAUCGAAUCCUUUCAAAAACUGUCGAACGUGUUGAAUAAGAUGCAUUUCCCACACGGGAAACUAACUGAAAUAGAAAAACUAGUGGCAAAAAUACCUUCUACCAACCCAUUACAGCAUCAAGAAGAUUUGGUGUUGCUUCUAAAGCUUAAGUCAAUCUCAAGUCAAGGUUUGUUGCCAGGUGAUGAACUCUUAUUUUAUCAUUUUCUCAUUGAUUGCGAGGAACCUCAACAGGAACAAAUCUGGGAUAUGGUCAAUCUAAUUCAGCUGACUUGCUUCAAUGACACCACCAAGGAAAAGUUUGACUCCCGCGUUGUGAGUCCCAGAGGGGUCGUGGCACAUUAUGUGUGCAAGAACGCUGAAUAUGAGAGCGAGUUCAAUUCCGGAUGCCUUAACAUUACAACUUGGUGGAACAUUUUGCAGCGAAUGGAGCAUAGCAUGUUCAUGUGGUGUAUGGAUGUUAUUGUUGUUCAUAAUAGUCAGUGCUACAAGAAUUCUCCUGUGCUCCGCGAAAAAACUAUGAACAAGACAUGGGAUGCCUACAAGUCGCAGCACGUCAUCGUUAACUACAAAGUGCUCGCAGCGCUUAUGUUGAACGUUUUGCUGAACUAUCAUUUCGGAUUCAACAACUUGCAAUCAUUGGGAGACCUACGAGAUCAAGACUACCGUAUACCGUGCUCCAUGGACCAAUUGCUGGACGAUCUCUCGGUUCACGAAGUCUUUUUGAAAAAAUGGCGGUAUUAUUAUAAGAAGUUUUGA